GCGGUCGCGUCACGGGUGCACCAUUGUUAUGCAAAUAUAAGCAGCCUAAAAGGCGCAGAGGUUGCAUCUCUGCGACAGAGCCGAGCAGAGGCCGCGUGGGGCUGUAUUUGAAUCUGACCCGACAGGACAUGCACCCCGCGUUGUAAUAAGGAGGCCCCUUUUCCCCCACAGCCUGCCCCCACCUUCCCAGCCCUACUAGUCUUCUCCCGGCCGAGCGAAGCCCGGCAGCAGCCACCUCGCUCGGCCCCCGGCGCGGCUGGAUGCAGCGGCGGGUCCCCGUGGCGGCAGGAGGCGGCUUCCCCCCGGGCGCGAGCCGGCUGGGAGCCCGGCCCCAGCCCUCGAACGCAGGGGUCCGGGCAGCGCCGGCCGGUGCCGGGGGCCCGUGUCCAGGACGGCAGCGCUGAGUGGCCGGGUUCUUCCAUGCGCCCCUGCAUCCCGCGAGGGAGACAGGGGCCGAAGCCGAAGCCCUAGAGCUUCGGGGCCACGACCACCGACGCCGCUGCCACUCGCCGCAACAAGAACAGCAACAGCAGCCGCAGGGUCGAGAAGCGCGACCCGCCUGAGCGAGCUCCCGGCCCUGGAGACUUGCUGGGGCCGCGCCCACCCCGCGCGCCCCGGAGCUGAGGAGGGCCCCGCCGCAGCCGCCGCGCUCCUCCCAGUCCCGGGCUACAGGGCCGGGCCCAGCAGCAUGAGCCAGGCGGAGCUGUCCACCUGCUCGGCCCCUCAGAGCCAGCGAAUCUUCCAGGAGGCGGUGCGCAAGGGAAACACGAAGGAGCUGCAGUCACUGCUACAGAACAUGACGAACUGCGAGUUCAACGUGAACUCGUUCGGGCCCGAGGGCCAGACGGCGCUGCACCAGUCGGUCAUCGACGGUAACUUGGAGCUGGUGAAGCUGCUGGUCAAGUUCGGCGCCGACAUCCGCCUGGCCAAUCGGGACGGCUGGAGCGCGCUGCACAUCGCCGCUUUUGGGGGUCACCAGGACAUCGUGUUAUACCUCAUCACCAAGGCCAAGUACUCGGCCAGUGGCCGGUGAUGGCCGGCGCCGCCCGGCCGGGGGCAGAACCGGGGGAGGCGCCGCACACUGCACUCUGCACCCGCCUGUGCGCCUGUCCGCAACU